AUGGGCCGAGUUAUUCUCGCUCAGUGUAAAGGUGGUUCAGCCAUCUCUCGCGCUCGCACUUUCCAUCGUAAGGACCCAGCCAAAUUACGUUCUGCAUUAACAAUUGGCAAUGUUAUACCAUUGGAACAAAUGCCUGAAGGUAAUUAUGCUACAAUUGUUUCACAUAAUCCGAAGGGUGGUAAAACAAAAAUUAAAUUACCAUCAGGUGCAAAAAAAACUUUAUCAUCAACGAAUCGUGCUAUGAUUGGUAUCGUUACUGGCGGUGGUCGUAUUGAUAAACCAAUCUUGAAAGUUGGCUGA